AUGGCGACAUUGAAGGAAAAUCUGAAGACCGUGGUUAGAAUCUUCAGGAGAGAGUGUCACCGAGUUGUGGAGUCCGAGAGGACCACCAUCCGCGGAGCAGACGGGAUGCUUGUGGUGCUACAACUGGUGAUGGCGGAAUUAAACAAAGAGGACACUGGAGAGUUCGGUGUGUCUUUAAGUGAUGUCAUUGGGGCCUGGAAACACUUACUGUGGGAUAAAUUGCGCUUGCCUCAAGACGGCUCCCCUCGUCCCCUGAAUUAUGCCGUCAUCCGGAAGGAGUACGACGCCUUCCUGAAGCGGACCAACACGGUGGAUCUGGUAGAUGUGCACAGCAUGUAUGAACAUCUGAGAGGGGAUGCUGACCCAGAGGAGCCUCUGCAUGCUGUAAAUCUGCUGCAAUUCCUAUUGGGCAAUGAGGAGAGCUGCGAAGAGCAGGAUCCUGCUCCCCUGUGUCCCACAACUCCGUCCCGCAGGCCCACCCAGUGCAGCUCACAGGUUAACCGUGGGGUGAGGAGGCUUUUCUGUGCCUACUUUGACCUCCUGGUGAACGCCAGGAACGACCUGGCCCUGGCACACGCACUGGAUGUUCCCAACAGAGCGCUAGGACGCACAGCCUUCACCGACCUGAAGCACGCCGCGCGCGCUAAAAGCACCUCCCUCUUCCUGGCGGUGACCUCGUUUGUGCGAGCGAUCCAGCUGGGGGGCAAGGGGUAUGCCCCACCUGAGUCGGACCCCCUGAGGAAGCACCAGAAGGGAUUUUCUGACUUUGUGCACUUUAUGGACAACCUGGAGGAGAUCCUUGGCGAGACCCCUGACCCCAGUGCAGCAGGGGUCAGGAUGGUGUCCGUUAUCAGGGCAGCCCUGCUGAAGGGGCGGAGCAGCGGGGAUCCCGUGUACGGGGCAGUCGAGGAGGCGGCCCGCGAUCUGAAGGAGGGGAUCGGGCGGAUCCACACGGCCCUGAGGGAGCAGGCUCACAGCACCGGGAUCAGCCCAGCGCGGCCCAGAGCGUAUGCGAUAAACCACGCCACAGCGUACGGGGGGCGGGAGACGGUGAAGCUGCUCAUGGCUCUCCUGGAUGAGGAGGCACUGGCCGCACCCUGCAGGAACAAGGCAUCGCUGCUGUCCGGAGACUUGGACUCCCUCGAUGGGGCUGUGGGGGCGAGCACCCUAGUGCUCUUCCGGUCUCCUGAGGUUCCCACAGGGUCCUCUCCCAAACCCCUCCAGCACCGUGUCCAGGCCCGACGGGACCAAGACAAGCCCAAGGUGAAAGGGAAGGCCGUCCGGUCCCAGUUCGCCUGCACGUACAGAGACGAGGACGAGGACCCGCCCCUCAACCGCGUGCUGCAGUUCCCGAGCACCAGCCAGGCCCCGACCUGCGUGCACCCCGCCCCGAAACGCGCCCACGGACCCAGAACAGAGGAGGCGCGGGACCAAGAUGCAGGCAAAGCAGGAACAUGUGCCCCCUUUCCCCCCGUCCACCCCGGGGAGCUUGGCGUGGAGACCGAGCGAGCGGAGGGAGAACAUGCCGUCCAGAGAGCCGCGCUGGGGUCGCGGUGCGCCAACCCCCGCACCAAUGGGGGCCGGGGGGUCCGGGACGCUGUGUCCGAUGCAGGAGGUGGAGGAGGGCGAGGUCAGGCAGGAAGCAAGGCGGGCAAGAGGAAGCAAGCAGACGGGAGCGGGUGGGGCGAGGCAGAGAAUCAGCCUCCCCGGAAGAGAGCUCCCGUGGCGAAGGCCCUGAGCUCGGAGCAGCCUCCCAGAGCAGCAGCGAGGAGCAGCAGCAUCACCGCCACCAAGAAGAGGAAGCUGAUCGCCGGCCAGGGUACCCUCACCAGCUUCCUGAGACUGUAGCGCCACACAGCAGUUGCUGCCCCACGCCUGAUCUCAGAUCAGGCUUCCUGAGAGA